AUGCAGGUAGCAGAAAAGUUAAUGUUUAUGCGUGAAGAAUGCUUAGAAGGAAAUUUCGACUCCAUAAAGACGUUGAGAGAAUCAAAUGUCCCAACUGUCUCUUAUAACAGACAGUCUGGCAGCAAUGAUCAUGAUGAUAGUGAUGAUGAUGAUGAUGAUGAUGAUGAUGAAGAUGAUGAUGAUAAAGAUGACAAUAAUCUAGUUAAAGAAAAUUCAAUGGAGAUGGAUGUUGAUGAUGAUCCACAAUUGCAAUCUAAUCACACCCAAAAGGGCACUGUGAAUCCUGAGCCAAGUGUUCCUAAGUUAGAUGAUGGAUGGACUGUGGUAGCCUCUAAACGUAACAGAGUGACAACCUUCUCGCAUUGCUCAAAACCAUUCACCAAUUUUGCACCACGAAACUCUACCAAGAACUUCGCCACCGCCUCCAAGAGCAACGCCGCCUCAUACACGGUGGUGGCGCUCACGACGUCGGCCAAGACGCUCCUCCUCAGCCUGUUCGCGUCAAUGCCCACGCCCACCACUCAUCCAUCUCCACCGCCACCGCCUCCCUACCAAGCUCCAACAAAAAACGAGUUUGCGCCAGGUAGUGGCGGCUUCAGGUGGAACCACUUGCUGGAUUUGGGGACCCUAAACGAGAUACCCAUAACUUGGAAGAAUUUUUAA